UUUAUUUUGAAGUGAGAAAGUAUAGAAGCCGAAAAUAUUGUUUACUUUGUGAGGAAGUGGAGGGUGAGCGCUAAACUAGCUAUUUUAUUUAAUCUUGUAACGAAAUCGAUAGUUUUAAAAAUAUAAAAGUAGCUAGCCUAUUAAAAUGAGCUGGAUGAUAUGUUUACAACUAGCUGUCUAGCUACGUCAGUACAGGGCUAAAUUACAGAGGCCGGCCUUAGCUACGCUAACUUGUUAUGUUAGCUAGCUACAGUAGCUAACUAAAUUAGGUAGCUAGCUAGAGUAAUGUCAACAAUCUAGCUAGAGCAAUGUCAACAAUGCUGUUUAGUCAGUCGAUUUUGUAUAAUUGGAUGAUACCAAAUAUUUUAUUUGGUAUUUUGGCGACAACGUUAUCAUUAGCAUUUGAAAUGGUCACUCAUCAAGCCAAGUUGAUUUUGGCUGGCCCAAAAGAGAAACUCCAGGGUUAGCUAAUAAUAGCUAGGUGGCAGUCAAGUCUCUGUAAAUAUGGGUUUUUAGGCUGACAAAUAUAAUACUGUAAUUCCAUGGCAUUCAUACAUUCCAUAAGGUCCAACUAACACAUUGAAUCACAUGACCAUAACCGUAUAGACUGUCAAUAGCAGGGCAACAGUUGUCAUCUGACUCACAGCCCAGAGGUUGAUCCACAUACCUGCACUUGUGUUCUUUGACAGACUCUUUGUUGUUUAAGAUCAAACAGAAGAUCACAGGAUGGAUUCUAGUGGGAAACCCUCCACAGCCCAAUUCCUGCUAUUAGCCACCAGCUCAGCACUGACUGCAGUCUUCUACUCUGUGUACAGGAGGAGGACAACAACAGUAGCAAGAUUAAAGGUAAUCACACAGGCUUGCCUCAUCUAUCUUUCUUAUCUACCUUAUCUCUUUAAAACUGUUAGUAGCAUGCAUUUGAGGUUUUUAAUUGUUGUUCAAUAUCAUUAAUGUUUUGCAGGGAGCCAAGAAAGUGUCUAUUGAUCAGGAUAUGAAGAACAUCCUGACAGAAUUACCAGGAAAAUGUGUCCCGUAUGCUGUGAUUGAAGGUGUUGUGAGAUCUGUGAAAGAAACCUUGAACAGCCAGUUUGUGGACAACUGCAAAGGGGUCAUCGAGAGGUUAACUCUAAAGGAGAAGAAGAUGGUGUGGAAUCGCACCACUCAUCUCUGGUAAGUGCUAAAGUACACUGAAGUGCUAUGAUAUUAUGUUGCACCCUCUCUUACUGAUGGCUGUUAGGCGGCUCAAUUUGUGUGGAUUAAUUUUUUGUGUGUGGAGACACUUUCACACACUGACGAUGGCCUAGUAAUGGCUAACUUUUGUUCUGCUCGUGCUACCUCUAGAAUGAAAUAAUAAAUAUGAAAGCAUUUCAAAGAACAUUAUGAAAACAAACAAACUUGAUGAUAAAAAGUUAUGCUCUGUACUGCAUCUUUUUGUGGAUACACAUCUCUGUAGGUAUCUCUAAUAUUUUGUACCUGUCAGGAACGAGAGUGAAAAGGUCAUCCACCAGCGCACGAACACGGUGCCCUUUGACCUGGUGUCCCACGACGAGGCUGUGACAGCCACCAUCCGGGUCAUCCGUCCCCUGGAAUCCUCGGAGCUGGACCUGGAGACCACCUAUGAGAACUUUCACCCCACCGCCCAGUCCCUGACCAACGUCAUCGGCCACUUCAUCAGCGGGGAGCGCCCUAAAGGUGUGGUCCGGUAUGGUCCUAAUUGGUCCUGUGUGGCUUAGUUGGUAGAGCAUGGUCCUUGCAACACCAGGGUUGUGGGUUCAAUUCCCACUUGGGCCACCCAUACAGGGAAAGAUGUCACUCACUACUGAGUGAUUACUCACUAAACCAGGAAAAUAAAUACCAUGAUUUUGGGCAUUUUCAAUAAAUGUAAUCCAUAGAAUGGUCCUUGGGAAGAAGGAUUGUUGACAUGUUUUUGACAUUUGUAUCUAAAAGCAUAAUUGAGAAAUAAUUAAUCAAAGCAAAGUUAGCAUAUUUAUGCCAUUUUGGACUCAGGCCUCCUUCAAGACUCCAUAAUGUUUAAUCUGUAGGUGCUACAAAGCAGAAAUGUGUGUCAUAUGAAGCUUUACUGCUUGCUCUGCAAUAUGAGUAGUAUCUUGAUUUCAGUAUAUUGAAAAUAUACCAUUUUUGAUUAGGCAAAUGUUUCAAUAUAUUGAUGAACAUAACACUGUACGGGCAUAUCAAAGUUCCAGAGUGGAAUCUCUGCAACUUUUAGAGUAAUGAUCAGUGGUGUAGUGGAGGGUAUACACACUUUAUUUUUGUGGGCAUCGUGUAUACUCACUUAUUCAUCCGCACGAUGCGUAUCAAACUAGUGUAGUGGAGGUAUCAAUUAAUAAGCUGAUGGAACAGAUCACAAUGUUGAACUUAAAAUGUUGAUAAACUUUUAUUUGUUAUAUUUUAAGCGCAACAAUGUGCACACUGCAGUAGGCCUACGCAUAAAUGUUCCAAAAUGUAAUUUGCAGGAAAACAAGGCGUACCGCACAUGUGAGUGGUUUCAUGGACAGAGAUUAAAAUAUCUGUUAGAAAUGUAGAAAGAGGGGAGAUCUAAAGAUGCAACAACUGUCAUGGGUUUCUAAUAUGACUAGGAUAAUGCCUUUGGCUGCUAGACAAUGAAAGAAAGUUGAUUUGAAAACCAAUAGAACAGUAGAGUGCAUAUGAGGAAGUCUUUAUAAAGAGUUGCCUCCACAUUUCUAUGGUGGGAUUCUGGCUGUAGGCUACUUUGAAGCAAAGUAAGACAUGCCUCAUAAUAUGAAGUAAAACGUACAGGUUUCAAACAGUUAAGGAACAGGAAAAAUAUAGCAAUGCUAAUGAUAGGCCUAACCGCCUUCUGGUAGAUGGAAAGGCUUUCCCAAAAACCUUCUCGGUGGCGAAGGUGCAUAAAGAUGGCGGCCCCCAUGUACUUAACACAAACACCUAAUUUGCUAGUUCGCUGAAUUGUACAGUGCUCUCCGUUACUCUUUUUUGUAUUGGCAUUAGCACAGUAUACAUGACCCCAAUUUUAGCUCCAAGAUGGCGGCAAUUUGAAAAAAUGAAAAAGUAGAACCAUGUAUUGUAAUAAGUCUGUGGAUAGUGCUCAAACUAAGAUGUCAUAUCUUAGUUCCUCCAUCUUUAUCCACCUUCGCCAUUAAAUGUUAACUAGCUACAAAGUAGCCUAUGCCUUCCUGGCAGAAUGAUAUCAUGAUUCUUUGCAUCAAUCCAGAGGCCAACUCCAUCUCAUGUGCGCUACAGAAACACCAAACAACAGUGCAAGUGCCUGCACAGUUGAAUUAAAGGGUAACUACACUCAAAAAUCUAAAUUUCUUAGAUUUUUCCCAGACCUCAAAAGUGGUCUCCUGAUGUGGUUUAAGUAUUGUUGUGGACUUAGAACAUCCAAUUUUGUUGUUUUUCUAUUUAAAAAGUGUGACCUUGAGAGCGUAAACCUGAAGAAAACAAAUCAGGAACCUGUGAAUUUCUGACUCUUUUGACAGUCUAAUUUAUCUAUUUCAAUGCAGUGCCUUCAGAAAGUAUUCACACCCCUUAACUUUAUCCACAUUUUGUUGUGUUACAGCCUGAAUUUAAAAUGGAUUAAAUUGAGAUUUUUUGUCACUGGCCUACAGACAAUACCCCAUAAUGUCUAAGUGGAAUUAUGUAUUUCGAAAUGUUUACAAAAAAGUUUAAAAUGAAAAGCUUGAGUCAAUAAGUAUUCAACACCUUUGUUAUGGCAAGUCUAAAUCAUUUCAGGAGUAAACAUUUGCUUAACAACUCACAUAAGUUGCACGGACUCACUCUGUGUGCAAUAAUACUGUUUAACAUAAUUUUUGAAUGACUGCCUUAUCUCUGUACCCCACACAUACAAUUCUCUGUAAGGUCCCUCAGUCGAGCAGUGAAUUUCAAACACAGAUUCAACCACAAAGACCAGGGAGGUUUUCCAAUGCUUCGCAAAGGGCACCUAUUGGUAGAUGGGUAAAAAUAUAAAAAGCAGACAUUUGAGCAUGGUGAAGUUAUACACUUUGGAUGGUGUAUCAAUACACCCAGUCACUACAAAGAUACAGGCGUCCUUCCUAACUCAGUUGCCGGAGAGGAAGGAAACAGCUCAGGGAUUUCACCAUGAAGCCAAUCGUGACUUUAAAACAGUUACAGAGUUUAAUGGUUGUAAUAUGAGAACUGAGGACGGAUAAAGAACAUUGUAGUUACUCCAUAAUACUAACCUAAUUGACAGAGUGAAAAGAAGGAACUAAAGUAAUACUGCAAAAAAUGUGGCAAAGCAAUUAACUUUUUGUCCUGAGGACAAUAACUUAAAACACAAGGCCAAAUCUACACUGGAGUUGUUUACCAGUUUUCUGAGUGGCCAAGUUACCGUUUUGACUUAAAUCUGCUUGAAAAUCUAUUGCAAGACCUGAAAAUAGUUGUCUAGCAAUGAUCAAUAACCAAUUUGACAGAGCUUAAAGAAUUUUGAAAAGAAUAAUGGGCAAAUGUUGCACAAUCCAGGUGUGGAAAGAGCUUAGACUUACCUAGAACGUAUUGACUCAGGGGUGUGAAUACUUAUGUCAAUUAGAUAUUUCUGUAUCAUUUUCAAUACAUAACACAACAAUUUCUAAAAACAUGUUUUCACUCUGUCAUUAUGGGGUAUUGUGUGUAGAUGGGUGAGAAAAAAAUCGAUUUAAUCUAUUUUGAAUAAGUCAAGGGGUAUGAAUACUUUCUGAAGACACUAGUAGGCCUACUAUUAGCCUACUUGCACAGUACAGUUUGGGUUGGCCUGACUGUGAAAGACCAAUAAGGGAUUUAUUAUUUUAGAUAAUUCAGAGUGUAUGUCACUGUUUGUCAUAAGUUUUGAACAGGGCGCCUUUCCUUCGCCGGGCGGGCCGGUUGGGAUUUUUUUUUGCCAAAUUGGAGUAUUCCCACUUCUCCAGGCACCACUACACCACUGGUUAUGAUCCAAUUUGCAAGCGUUACCGAAUGUCAAAAUAUAUUCAAAAUGGUUGCCCUCUGCUGGUGAUUUGUAGGAUGUGCAAUGUUACAAGUAAGUAAAAGGAGGUCUGUGAUUGGUUACAUUGCCUACAAUGCCAAUUUCUCAUUAUAAAAUGGGCCAUAACUUUUAAACUAGCAGAGAUCCCUGGGUAAGGCCAAAAUCUCAUAAAUAUGCCAACUUUGUUAAAUUAUUUCUCAAUUAUGCUUUUAGAUACAAAUGUCAUAUGUCAACAAUCCUUCCUCCAAAGGACCAUUCUAUGGAUUACAUUUUGUGAAAAUCCCUAAAUUCAUGGUCUUUUUUGCCCUGGUUUCGUGAGGAAUCACUCAGUCAUUUGAAUACCGUAAUACACUUGUGAUUGAUUGAAUUUUAUUGAUUGUUUGAUUGGAUAAAAGUGUCUCCUAAAUGGUAUAUAUUAUUAUUAUCGAAGGGAUCCAUGAGACGGAGGAGAUGUUGCGUCUAGGGGAGAGUGUGACCGGGGUCGGGGAGCUGGUGCUGGACAACAACCUGGUGAAGCUCCAGCCUCCCAAGCAGGACCUGAGGUACUUCCUCAGCCGACUGGACUUUGAUUCCCUGGUGGAGAAGCAGCAGAGCAGCGUCAGGUUCUGGAGGGUCCUGACCAUGGUGUUUGGUGUGGUUGCUUCCACAACGCUCCUCUUCAUCCUGUGGAAGCAUUGGGCUUACCAUAGACAGAGGAGGAAGGAGAAGAACGUCCUGGAGGAGUUCAAGGAGCAGCAGAGGGAGAGGAUGAGGGAGCUGAAUGUAGAAGAGGCCAGUGUUUCCCCUAGUGCCUGUACAGUGUGUCUGAGCCGGGAGCGCUCCUGUGUGUUCCUGGAGUGUGGGCAUGUCUGUGCCUGUGACCGGUGCUACCAGGCUCUGCCAGAGCCAAAGAAGUGCCCUAUCUGCAGGGCGACGAUAGAGAGGGUAGUGCCUCUUUAUAACAGC